UUGAGGCAUUUGACUUGUCAGAAAAACUUCUCCGCUGCAGACAGUAAAACUGAGCAGAAAAGACGACGAAAAAGCAAGAAUGUUUGCUCUUUUCUCUCUAAUCUGUCUGCUUGUGAUACCAGGAAUGUGUAGCCAAAACUGGACGGUGAAAUACUCAAGCAGAGUAAAAUGUGCCGUAAAGGGCUCAGCCACACUUCUGUCCGGCAGUUUCACCUAUCCUGAUGGUCUCAAUAUUACCAAGAUAUUUUGGACCAUAGAUCCAGUAAAAGAUGAGGAGACACCAGAUCUGUCUGAAGAUCCAGAAUAUAAAGACAGAGUUAAGUACAUUCUGGAUAAGAAACAAAACUUAAUUCUCAAACUGAGUAAUGUAACAGAUAAGGAUGAACAUAAGUACUACAUGAAAAUUGUGACAAAUGUAGAGAAACAAGAAUAUUUAGGUUAUCCUGGAGUUCAGCUCAAUGUGACAGAGCUCAGUGUUGAGAUUCCUGAAGAGGUUGUUGAGGGAAAAUCUGCAGUUUUAUUGUGUAAAACCACAUGCAUCCUUGCAAAUAGCACAAAAUAUAUCUGGUACAAAAACAAAAGCCCUUUAUCAGAAUCAUUCAGUAGUAAUAAACUGAUACUGCAGUCUGUGAGCAGAGAUGAUGAAGGAAACUACAGCUGUGCCGUGAGAGGAGAUGAACAUCUGAAAUCUCCUGCUGUCACACUUACUGUCAGAUCUAACAAUAAUACAGUUCUGCACAUAACUGCAGGAAUCGUGGCUGCGCUCAUCUGCAUCUGCAUUGCUAUUGUAACAAUGAGAAUCAUAAGCAGAAAGAUUGCAGAUACUGGAAUCAGAAGUGACAGAUCAAAACAGGAGAACAUCAGUGUGACAAUGACAGAUCAGAUAAGCUCACAUCUCACAUCAUAUGAUCCAAAAACAACCAAUGAUUUAAUGUACACCAUUACUUUUCAAAGACCGAGUGCAUCCAAUGGGGAUCAGAAUGAUGAAGAUGCUGAUGAGGUUCAGUACGUCUGUGUAAACCACCACAAAACCACACAGAAGAACAACAUAGAUGCUGAAGCUCAAUUUGGGAAUGUUAUUAACCACUGUCCCGCUAUUUCAUCCAGAUCUAAUUUUGGACUUGUGGAAGAUUCAUCUGUCAUCUACAGCGGCAUCAAUGUGCCAUAAAGUGUUUCAGCAUGAGCUUAAAGUGAAUUAAAGCAAACUCCUUGGCAGAACGUUUAAAGCUUAUAGGGGUGGUGUCCCAGACUA